AUGAAGGCUGAACUCGACCUCGCUUUUUUACGACGAUGUAAAGAGUCUGAUGUCUACCCUAAGUUCAUCCGUUGGAGAAACAUCAAACAAAUGAAACGGAAGAAGAAACAACAACGAAUUCAUAAGCUAUUACUUAAUGAUGCUAUUAAUGAAAGGAACACGAACAUUUCUCACCUACGCAAGACCACUGAUGAACUUAAGAACGCAAUCUUUCACAAAAACGACAUGGAUGAAGGCAAAACUAAUCGUGUUUUCAGUGAACCGUCACUACACGACAUUCCCAAAAACUACAAAGACUUCUGGACAUGA